UAUAGUACAAGUACAUUUCAAGUGUUGAGAUUUAAAAUAAUAUAAACAGAUUCUAUUUCUGUUUGUUGUGACCUCGUCACACAACACAACAACAACACAACAGCAAUACUGCGGCCCACCAGCAGGGUGCUGUUGAGCUCACCGAGGCAAAGAGAUUUAAAGACGACACGGAGAAGCUGAUCAAUCACUUCCUGUUGUUGUGUUGUCACUCAUGUUGUUGUUGUUGUCCAGCUGCAGAUGAACAUGAUGCAGUACGACUACAUCCCCCCCGUGGACAUCAAGACGGAGCCCUACACCCCUGAGACCGCUCACGGUCCCUACAUCCAGAUCAUCGAGGAGCCCAAACAGAGGGGCUUCAGGUUCCGGUAUGAGUGCGAGGGCCCGUCCCAUGGGGGGCUCCCAGGGGCCUCGAGCGAGAAGAACCGGAGGACCUACCCGACCGUGAAGGUACCUUCAGAACCAUCCUGUAGUCCCAGUGUGUACUAGUACCUCUCAGUAGUACCAGUGUGUACUA